AUCGAGGAUUUCUCCAUGGCAGGAGCAGCAUCCUUGCAGCAGGUCUGUCAGCAGGAAUUUGUGCAGCUGCUGAAGCUCCCAGGGCUGGAGUACAGCGAUGUGCUGCCCGACUCGUUCCCAUCGGCGCCGGCCGAGACGCUGCCGCAUUUCCUGCUGGAGCCUCAGGACGCCUACAUCGUCAAGAACAAGCCCGUGGAGCUGGUGUGCCGCGCCAACCCCGCCACCCAGAUCUACUUCAAGUGCAACGGAGAGUGGGUCAACCAGAAUGACCACGUCACCAAGGAGAGCCUGGACGAGGUCACCGGGCUGCUGGUGCGGGAGGUGCAGAUCGAGGUGUCCCGGCAGCAGGUGGAGGAGCUCUUUGGCCUCGAGGAUUACUGGUGCCAGUGCGUGGCCUGGAGCUCGGCGGGCACCACCAAGAGCCGCAGGGCCUACGUCCGCAUCGCCUAYCUGAGGAAGAACUUUGACCAAGAGCCGCUGGGCAAGGAGGUGCCACUGGAGCAUGAGGUGCUGCUGCAGUGCCGUCCCCCCGAGGGGGUCCCGCAGGCUGAGGUGGAGUGGCUGCGGAACGAGGACGUCAUCGAUCCCACCCAGGACACCAACUUCCUGAUCACCAUCGAUCACAACCUCAUCAUCAAGCAGGCYCGGCUGCUGGACACUGCUAAUUACACCUGCAUGGCCAAGAACAUCGUGGCCAAGCGCCGCAGCACCACGGCUGCUGUCAUCGUCUACGUGAACGGUGGCUGGUCCACCUGGUCCGAGUGGUCACCGUGCAACAACCGCUGCGGCCGGGGCUGGCAGAARCGCACCCGCACCUGCACCAACCCCGCCCCGCUCAACGGCGGCUCCUUCUGCGACGGGCAGCCCUUCCAGAAAAUCACCUGCACCACCCUCUGCCCAGUGGACGGCGCGUGGACGGAGUGGAGCAAGUGGUCAGCGUGCAGCACCGAGUGCACCCACUGGCGCAGCCGCGAGUGCACGGCCCCCGCGCCCCGCAACGGCGGCAAGGACUGCAGCGGGGUGCUGCUGGACUCCAAGAACUGCACCGACGGGCUCUGCCUGCUCAAUAAAAGAAUUCUAAACGAGCCCAAAAGCCACCUGCUGGAAGCCACGGGCGACGUGGCCCUGUACGCCGGGCUGGUGGUGGCCAUUUUCGUCUUCAUGGUGAUCCUGAUGGCCGUGGGGGUGGUGGUGUACCGGAGGAGGUGCCGGGACUUUGACACAGACAUCACGGACUCGUCGGCCGCGCUGACCGGAGGCUUCCACCCCGUCAACUUCAAGACAUCCCGGCACGACAACCCUCAGCUGCUGCACCCCUCGAUGCAGCCGGACCUGACGGCCAGCGCGGGCGUYUACCGCGGCCCCAUGUACGCCCUGCACGACUCGUCCGACAAGAUCCCCAUGACCAACUCGCCGCUGCUGGACCCCCUGCCCAGCCUCAAGAUCAAGGUGUACAACUCCUCCACCGCCUCCUCCUCCUCGCCGGGGCUGCACGACGGCGCUGAUCUGCUGGGGGGUGUCCCUGCUGGUGGCACCUACCCGGGGGACACGGCCAGGGACGGUCACUUUGCCAGCGUGCGGGGCAAAGGCUUGGGCUCGCAGCACCUGCUCAGCCUGCCCCGUGAGCACGGCUACAGCGCCAGCGGCACCUUCGGCUACCUGGGGGGAAGGCUCACUGUGCCAGGCACAGGGGUGAGCCUGCUGGUGCCCCACGGGGCCAUCCCCCAGGGCAAGUUCUACGAGAUGUACCUGGUGCUCAACAAAGCUGACGGUGCCCUGCUGCCCUCGGAGGGCACGCAGACAGUGCUGAGCCCGGCGGUGACCUGCGGGCCCACGGGGCUGCUCCUGUGCCGCCCCGUCGUGCUGACCGUCCCCCACUGCGCCGACGUCGGCUCCUCGGACUGGAUCUACCAGCUGAAAACACAGUCCCACCAGGGAAACUGGGAGGAAGUGGUGACCCUGGACGAGGAGACCCUCAACACCCCCUGUUACUGCCAGCUGGAAGCCAAGUCCUGCCAUGUCCUGCUGGACCAGCUCGGCACCUACGUCUUUGUGGGAGAGUCCUACUCCCGCUCGGCCAUCAAGAGGCUCCAGCUGGCCAUCUUUGCCCCCACUGUCUGCACCUCCCUGGAGUACAGCCUCAAGGUCUACUGCCUGGAGGACACGCCAGAUGCCCUGAAGGAGGUGCUGGAGCUGGAGAGGACGCUGGGAGGGUACCUGCUGGAGGAGCCCAAGCCCCUGCCCUUCAAGGACAGCUACCACAACCUGCGCCUGUCCAUCCACGACAUCCCCCACGCGCUGUGGAGGAGCAAACUGCUGGCCAAGUACCAGGAAAUCCCCUUCUAUCACAUCUGGAGUGGCAGCCAGCGYGCCCUGCACUGCACCUUCACGCUGGAGAGGUACAGCCAGGCCUCCACCGAGCUCACCUGCAAGAUCUGCGUGCGGCAGGUGGAAGGGGAAGGGCAGAUCUUCCAGCUCCGCGUCACGCUGGGAGAGCACGGCAGCUCCUCCGACACCCUGCGCUCCCACCACAGCGGGGCCACCACCAGCAGCACCAGCACCACCCAGGUGGGACCCUACGCCUUCAAAAUCCCCCUGUCCAUCCGGCAGAAGAUCUGCAACAGCCUGGAUGCUCCCAACUCCAGGGGCAACGACUGGAGACUUCUCGCCCAGAAGCUUUCCAUGGACCGGUAUCUGAACUACUUUGCCACCAAAGCCAGCCCCACCGGGGUGCUCCUGGACUUGUGGGAAGCUGAGCACCAGGAUGACGGCGACCUCAACAGCCUGGCCAGUGCCUUAGAGGAGAUGGGCAAGAGCGAGAUGCUGGUGGUCAUGGCCACCGAGGGGGACUGCUGAUGGUGCUCCCCACACAUGGGGGGCCGGGARGAUGAAACAGGGGGUGAGGAAGGGUCCUCCCCUGAUGGCGGGGGAGGCACAUCCGUCCUGAGUGGGGAGGGGCCGAGGCCGGCGCUUGUCCCACGUCACUGUCAGCCUUAGAGACCYAUCCUCAGCGUUUACAAGCGAUUCCAAGUGUUACACAGCGUUCCUCUCCCUCCUCUGCUCAGGGCAUGGGGAGGAAUUAGGGCUUCUCRAGUUGGGAUGGGGGCUUUCCUUUUUCCUUCUUCUUCUGGGUACCCUUCCUCGUCUUUUAAUGGCAUUUCUGCGUUGAAGAGAUGAGUACAAUCCAGGCUUAGCUUCAGGCAGCUUAACAAGGCAAAUAAGAACGAAAAAGAAAAAAAAAAGUUUCUUAGGAAACGCAAAUAAUUUAUUAUCCAGAUCUUUGGAUACAUCCUUUUUUAAAAAAAAAAGAAAAAAAAGAAAAAAAGACAGAUUUAUAAAUUCUUUUUUGUGUGUGUGUGAGAGCAAGAGCGUUGCUGUGGUUGGGGUGGCAGAGAGAGAUUUCAAUGGACACACUUCUGUAGGGAAAAGUGUAUGAUCUGAGUGGAGCAAAACAUGUUUACAUGUCCUGAGACCCCAGGGAGCCYGGAGGGGGAAGUGCCUCUCCGCCCCUCUGAUUCAGGGCCAGCUCUGACCCUUCCCAAGACUUUUUCCUGGCAAAUUCCCCUUUCCCUGGCAGCAGGAACGAGGAGGAGUCCCACUCCACCUACAAGGGAUGCUGCCCUGUGUUCAGGGUUCAGGGAGGGGAGWGUGUGUUGAGAUGUGGGUGUUUUUAAUGAAUUCUUCCCUGGCAUGGUUUGGGGRAGCUUUUUAGGGUGACUGCGCCUUCAUUUACAUAACUUCAGUACAAACCAAAGAUUUCAGUCCUGCGCUCUUGAGGCCAAAGCGGGGACUGUUUUAAACACGGCAAGAUUGUGCAGUGAGCACCCCAGACUUGGGCUGGGAGGGAGGUGGUCAGUGSAUGGUCAGGGGGUGGAGGGCUGGGAUGUGGCCACUUCAGCCCACCUCCACCUCGGGUCCUACCUGGAUUUUGAUCCAGUGUUUCAGCAGGGAUUCAGGGAGGGAUGCUCUGCUGUUCCCAAGGUGUGAGCCAGGCUGAGCAUUUCCAUUGUGAGCGGUGAUCAGGUUUCCAUCCCUCACUGCAGCUCCUGCUGUUCCCUGUAAUACGCUUUUUAUAACGACAGAGAAGUUGUGGGGCGAGUGGAAAGCAAUCAAGGGGUAGGCAGGAACGAGGUUCCUCACACAGAUACGGUGUCUUGAUGAAGGUAAAAAAAAUUAGGUUGCCUGCAGGUAGAAAUAGUUACUCAGCGAGUGCUGUAUCUUAGAAAUUUGUCUGUUUAAAAAAGAAAAAAAAAUACAGGAAAGGGGUGGUAAGCUCAGGAUUAGAUGAGGUCACAGGGCAGGGGUGCAGAUUCUCCRUGGGUGGAAGGGUUAGGAGCAUGCCUGUGUCAUCGCAUAAAGUGCUGGGCACUGGAGCACAUCCAGGGAGCCUGCAGAGUGUCCUGUGCACAGGACAGCUCAGGAGGAGCUUUCAGUGCUGCUGGGACCCGACAGGAUUGCUCUGGGCAGCUCCUGAGGCAGGGAGGGACAGGGACAGCGCAGAGCUGCUCCCUGCUGUGUCUCCGGGCUUCACUCCUUGCUGGGUUCUCAGGGCUGUCAGAGACAAGGGAUCUUUUCCCUCAGUGCUGGAUGGGGAAACUGCUGCUGGGUGAGCUCCUGUGUCACGUGGGAAGGGGUUUGUUCCAUCCUUGAAGAUGCUUUUGAGCAUUUCCAAGACUCCAUCUCUGAGCUACAAGGGGGCUAAGCAAUUUGGGAGAGCAAUUAAGGUUUGAUGGGUCAGUCCAGCUGCUGGUGGGUUUGAGGGCUCCUUUCUCAGUUCCAGGKGUGAGAUGCUCCUUCAGGUCACCUGGGAAUCUCUCUCACUCCCUUUCUCUGGUUUGUGGAUCACUGCACUGGGAUGUGCAUCCAUCCAUCCCUCCAUCCAUCCGUCCAUCCUGCCUGCAGGUGCCUCUCUCCAUCCCCACCCGUGUUCAUCCUCCCCUUCCUCUGGGCAGGCAGCAGCACCUGGCUUGGCUGGAGUGUGCUUCUGGGGAGAUUCUCCCUGUUUUUCAGACCAGGGAACCUGCAGCAGGAGCAGGGCAGGGGCCAG